GCCAUUGGUGAGCCAAUGGAUAUUAUGACUGCCUUACAGCUUGUGCUCAGGAAGUCACUUGCUUAUGGUGGUCUUGCACGUGGCCUUCAUGAGGGUGCCAAGGUUAUUGAGAAGCGCACCGCACAGCUUGUUGUUCUCGCAGAGGACUGCGACCAACCUGACUAUGUCAAACUUGUCAAGGCCCUUUGUGCUGAGCACAAUGUUAGCCUGCUGACAGUUCCAAGUGCAAAGACCCUUGGAGAGUGGGCUGGUUUGUGCAAGAUUGAUUCAGAAGGAAAAGCCAGGAAGGUGACUGGCUGCUCUUGUGUUGUUGUGAAGGACUUUGGCGAGGAACAUGAAGCUUAUAACGUUGUCCUUCAGCAUGUGAAAGCUCAAUGAGUUGCACAUGAUACAUAGUUUUGUGUUUGGCUUCAUUUGGGACUUGUUUCAUGAUAAUGAAUUUUGCAAUGUAGCUGGAGUAUCUAUUUUAGGGAUUUUGAUUAUUUAAGUUUGACUAUGUUGCAUUACC